GAAGUGACUGUGAUGGCGAGUCGUUUCUUCACAAGAAAAUGGAAAAUCCGUGAUUUGGCUUCGGUAUUCAUGGGAGAGUUUAUGAGAACUUCCAUUCCCAAUCCCAUGAAAACAUCAUUGCCUUUCAGACCCUUUGUUGUUGCAGUGUUGGAAUUCGAUUCGUCCAAAACGGUGUCGGGUUUGAGGCAAUACCAUGACGGAAGGCCAAGAGGGCCACUUUGGAGGGGAAAGAAGCUCAUUGGCAAAGAAGCUCUCUUUGUUAUUUCGGGUUUGAAGAGGUUUAAGGAUGACGAAGAUAAGCUUCACAAAUUCAUCAAAACCCAUGUCCUCAGGCUCUUGAAGAUGGACUUGAUUGCUGUUCUCACUGAACUUGAACGCCAAGAGCAUGUUUCUCUCGCUCUCAUGGUGUUUAAGGUGAUGCAAAAGCAAAAUUGGUAUGAGCCUGAUGCAUUCCUGUAUAAGGACUUAAUUAUUGCAUUGGCAAGGUCUAAAAAAAUGGAUGAAGUAUUGGAAUUGUGGGAAAGCAUGAGAAAGGAAAAUCUGUUCCCUGAUUCUCAGACUUAUACUGAAGUCAUAAGGGGCUUCUUGAGUUAUGGAUCUCCUGCAGAUGCGAUGAACAUAUUUGAGGACAUGAAGAAUUCUCCGGAUCCACCAGAGGAGUUGCCGUUCAGAAUUUUGUUGAAAGGACUCCUGCCACAUCCUCUUUUGAGAAACAAAGUGAAGCAAGAUUUCGAGGAGCUCUUUCCUGAUUCAAGUAUCUAUGAUCCACCACAAGAGAUAUUUGGCAUACGCUGAGUAGCUCCCGGGCGCCAUGAUGCAUUCUGAAAGGAGCUGAAUUGGGAAACCACUAUGGAAGUAGGAGUUGAGGAUUGAAGCUGUGGUCAUUGCUUCUUGUUGGGCUUUGAGUGCGUUGCCUGGUUCUGUGCUGGUUAGUUAGUGGUCAUGUUUACAUGAACUAUUCACUAGUUGAGAGCCCUCACUCAAGGAAGAUAAGUUUUGGGUGUGGAAACUGAUUGAGCUUCACUCAGUUUGAAAGAUCUAGAUGCUCUUUUGCAGUUUCCUUGUCAAUAUCAGCAAUGUACAAAUUGUCAUCUUAUGAUAGAUAUUACCUUAACGAAGGUGUGGAAUGGGGGAGUUGCUAUUGUAACCUUAUACACGUACACAUUUUAUCUUACAAACAUUUUUCAGCUAUUGGUUUUACAAAAAAAAAUGUGUGACAACUCACAUCGAGUAAUGGUACCUAUGAAAAAAAAGAUUUGUACCGGAGUAAUCUUGGUGAAAUAGUUGAAA